CUCAAAAACCUAGUAAAUCUUUUAAAAUGCUAGUCUCAAAUAUUUGGGAUGAUAGCGAUUUGACUGUCAAUGAAGAAACGUCUGAUUCCAUGCCCAGCCAAACUCCUAAUAAGACCAGGCAGUUUAACAAUACUCUUAAAAGCAAUAAAGGAAAAGUUAAGCCUGGGGACCUACCCAAUUAUACGUCAGGAAGAAAAGGACCUCACCAAUUUCUUUCUGCUUUGAAUAUACCCAUGCAAUCAUUAAAUGAAGAAUUGAAGCUCGAAGGUGAGAACCAAGGCGAUAAGAAGUAUCUGAAACCUUUGGUGGAAGAGAAGAAGCCAAGAAAGUUGUCUUCAAAUGCAAGAGAUGGUGCAGAGAUUUUAUCUAGCCUUCGGAAAAUCCCUUCGAACGAACUUCUGAAAAGGAUGAGCUAAGCCCUCCAGUCAUCCUAUCCAAGCUUUAUUCAUAGGAUUUAUAACAUUAAUAUUCAUAAUAAUUU